AUGGUGGGAGGCAUACCCAAGAUAUCCUGCUUGGGAACCUACAAGACGGCUCCAAGGCUCUGGACCCUCUCCCUGGCCAUCCCGACGGACAUAACAUUCCCCCGCCUAGCCCUACUACUUAUACCUUCACCAACUUCCAUUUCACCGAUAUACUCCAUCUCCAUCCAACUCAUCCACCCCAAUUCAUCCAGCAAAAUGACAGCGUCUCUCAUCUCCAUCAACAAACUCGCCCACACCCGGGUGCUCAUUCUCGGCGGCACCUCCGGCAUCGGCUUCUGUGUCGCCCGCGCCGCCCUCGAACAUGGCGCCAAUAUCAUCAUCGCUAGUUCCAACUCGGAUAAAGUCGCCUCGACGAUUGCUCGUUUGCAGACUCUCUAUCCGACUCCAGAGUAUACCGAGCGUAUUGCCGGUCAAGCGUGUGAUCUAGGCGAUCAAGACACGGUUGAAACGAAUCUCCUUGCGCUGCUCGAAUACGCGACGUCUCCUUCUCUGUUUCCUAACACACCCACCACCGAAGACACCACCGUGAAGGAAAGUGAGAAGGUAUUACUAAACCACAUAAUCUACCCCUCCGGCACCAGCCCCCCCCGCACCCCCAUCACAUCCCCCACCAUCACCGCCACCAGCCUCACAACCUCCCCCCACACAACCCUCCGCCUCAUCGCCCCCCUCCUCAUCGGCAAACACACCAAAACCUACCUCCACGACACCUCCACCUCCUCUCUGACCUUCACCUCAGGGGUCCUGGCCGCGCGCCCCAUCGCGGGCCUCGCCCUCGGCGGCGCAGCGAUGGGCACGGCGCUGGAGGGCCUGACGCGGGGACUGGCGGUGGAGUUGGCGCCGAUUCGCGUGAACGUGGUGGCGCCGGGGGCGGUGGAGACGGAGAUAUUUGAUCGGUUGGGGGGAGGGGAGGAGGUCAAGGAGAUGUAUUUGGGGGCGUUUCGGAGGGGGACGUUGGUGGGGGAGGUGGGGAGGCCGGAGGAUGUCGCGGAGGCGUAUUUGUGGUGUAUGAAGGAUGGGUUUGUUACGGGGCAGAGGGUGGGGAGUGAUGGGGGGGCGUUGUUGAAGGGGGUGUAG